AUGUUUUUAACCUAUUCCGUAUUGGCACUUCUUGUUGUCGAGGGAGCGUUCUCCGGUCCAGUACCGGACUUUGGUCUUCCCGGAGCGGUAGCGGGCAGCUCACAAGUGAUCGAUGUGUCCGAUCAAGCUAGCACACUGCUACAAACGGCCACGAAUCGUUUAAACACCUCCCUGACGUCAAACUAUGGGAAACUUCAAGCGACCCUGGUCCAACUGGGAACGUUCGCCAGAUUCACUGCAAGCAUUGAUCGUUCCAUCGUUGUACCCUUGCUUGCUCUGGUCCGUGACGCAUCGGGUGAUAUAGCGGAUAGCUUCAAACCUGUCGUCGAUGGCAUAACCGAAACGCAGGACUACAUCCACAGCAAACUUCCGCUGGAGCUAAGUGGGUUGGAAAGCCUGAUCAACCAUGACGUACCGGAUCGGCUCAAAGAUGGUUUCGACUGUGUUCGCCGUGGAUUGAAUCAAUUGAGUGCGAGCGUAACAUUGCUGCAAGGUGCGAUAAUGGCUGCGGUAAAGGAAACAGGCACGGUCCGUUUGUCUGCGGAGGUUCUUCGAAAGUACGUAAGCUUCAAAACAGUGCAUGAUGUUGCACGUGCCGUUACUGCGGUGAAGGUUUGCCUUCCAUCGAUUAUCGACUCGAUCAAUAGCACUAUCGAAAGGUUGAAAACAGCGGACGAUUUUGUUCUCGGCGUAAAUAGCAAGGUUUCGAAGCUGUUGCACAGAUUUGGCUGA